UUGCCAGGACUGUGCCUUCUCCGCUACAGGUCCCGGGCUCCAGUUCCGGAAGUGGGUUCGCAUCGUGCGGUUCCGGGCCCCGGACCGUGACUGUAGCCACGGUGGCGGCCACUACAUCACGCCCCACGCCGGCGGCGCUGGACGCCGUAGUGUCGACGAGCCCGGAGCCCAUGACAAGCCAGGGCCAGUCGGCGGCCGGGUCGGCGGCAUGGAGCGCAGUGUUCCGCCACGUCCGAUACGAGAACCUGGUGGCUGGCGUGAGUGGCGGGGUCUUGUCCAACCUGGCGCUGCACCCGCUCGACCUCGUAAAGAUCCGCUUCGCUGUGAGUGAUGGACUGGAAGUAAGACCAAAAUAUAAAGGAAUUUUACAUUGCUUGGCUACCAUUUGGAAAGUCGAUGGACUACGUGGACUUUAUCAAGGAGUAACCCCGAAUGUGUGGGGUGCCGGUUUAUCCUGGGGACUCUACUUUUUCUUUUACAAUGCCAUCAAAUCGUAUAAGACAGAGGGAAGAGCUGAACAGUUAGAGCCAUUAGAGUACCUCAUCUCAGCUGCUGAGGCCGGAGCCAUGACUCUCUGCAUUACAAACCCAUUAUGGGUGACGAAAACUCGCCUUAUGUUACAGUAUGGUGGUGUUGUUAACCCUUCACAGAGACAGUAUAAAGGAAUGUUUGAUGCACUUGUGAAGAUAUAUAAAUAUGAAGGUGUGCGUGGAUUGUACAAGGGAUUUGUCCCUGGGCUGUUUGGAACAUCACAUGGUGCCCUUCAGUUUAUGGCAUAUGAAGUGCUAAAGUUGAAGUACAACAAACACAUCAAUAAAUUACCGGAAGCCCAGCUGAGCACAGCAGAAUACAUCUCUGUUGCAGCACUAUCCAAAAUAUUUGCCGUGGCAGCAACAUACCCGUAUCAGGUUGUGAGAGCCCGUCUUCAGGACCAGCAUGUGUCUUAUGGCGGUGUAACCGAUGUGAUCACAAAGACGUGGAGGAAAGAAGGCAUCGGUGGAUUUUACAAAGGAAUCGCCCCCAAUCUGAUUAGAGUGACUCCAGCCUGCUGCAUCACCUUUGUGGUUUAUGAAAAUAUCUCUCACUUUUUAUAUGACCUUAGAGAAAAGAAAGUGAGCUAAAAGAAGAUCCCAGUGUAUGUGCUUGAAGCAGCAGCAAACUCCUUUGUGUCUGAAACACAAAGCUCGGAAGAGUCCUGCAGAGCAACAUAGCUCAUAAUCGCAUGUCUGUGGUAGAAGUCACAGGACUGCUAAGUCAUCUUGACGUUUCUGCUCUUUGCUUCUCCAUAUGUGUGGAACAUGGCUGCCUCUCCCUGGAGUGGGUACUAUCUGAUAAUGUUGAAACUGAUAGCCACUGUGAAAAUGUACAAGAUCUUCCAUUUUGUUGUUCAAGUAGACGCUAAUUUGCAAUAUUUAUAAAUAAUUUAAUGAAUGUUCUUUUUUUUUUUCUGAACUCUCUUGCCUGGAUUGGCUUUAAAACUGACCAUGUGCAAUAGCGAGGAACUGGCUUCUUACAAGAAUGACUAUAUUUCAAGGGUAAAUUAAACCUGGAGACUUAUAAAUAAGGUGUUACCCAAGUCUAGCCCAUUCUGAAUGGGGAUAUUUUUGUUAGAAAAAGUCUAUUAUAAAUGUGCUUAGUGUUAAUCCAGCUGGAACACACCAAGUACAGAAAUUGGAGAAGUCAUAUAUUUCUCUGAGAAACAUCAGGUACCUUCUGCUGUUCCAUUGCUUAAUUAUUUACAGUGAGGUUCUAGACCCAGACCUUAUAUUUUGGCCCUAAACACUUAUGUGUGGUUAGGAUGUAUGCAAUCUGAACUUCCAGCAUCCAGUGAAACCGUCAUUUAGCAUGUGCGGCUACAGAUCACUCAUGAGGAAUCCUGGCUCAUGUUUCACAGAGAUGGAAUGUUUGCUGUGAGUUUGAAAAACUGAAUAGAAGUAAACAUUCCAUUUUCCCUUAAUUUUUAGAUUUAUGGUUCCAGUUUCCAAAUGUGUCUACAUUGGUUGCUCAGAUUCAGGUUGAAAUACAGAUUACAUACAUGUGUUUGUGGCCAUUACUGGUUUGAUUUCUGUGUCACUGUAGAUCUCCAGGUGAAAGGCAUCCCUGAAGGACGCUGGACUGACACUGACUCCUCUGUGCAGCUGGCAGUGCUGUGGCACCAGCACCUGUUGUUUGUAAAAAAAAAUCUUUAUGAUCAAAGCUGUAUUUAAAAGGUUCUUUGAAAAUAAGCCUAUUUUUUAUAUUUUGGAAAUGGAAUUGUUUUUAAAAUAAAAAGUGAAAAG